AUGGACGUCCGAUCGUACAGAGGACCGAACAUCGACUCUGAUCACUUCCUGGUAGCGUGCAAGAUCCGAGCUAGGCUGUCGAACGUGUUGACCCCGCGGACUGCGAGGAUAGCGCGGUUAAAUGUCCAGCGUCUCGCGAGCAGCGACGUUGCUGCAGAAUACAGUCGGAAGCUCGACGAGCGGAUCAACGAGGACGCGCCUACGGGUAACCUGGACGAGCAAUGGGGAGCCCUCCAGAGCAUCGUCAACACAACGGCUACCGAAGUGAUCGGCACGACCAGAGGACGCAAACCCAAAGGGUGGUUCGAUGCGGAGUGCCAGCGAGUGACGGACGAGAAGAACGAGGCCAGGAAACGUAUGCUGGUUAAGGGUACGCGCCGAAACUGUGAGCGAUACAGCGAGCUGCGAAGAGCUGAGAAACGAACCCACCGCCGAAAAGAACGGGAGUACGACGAGAGAGUACAUGCCGAAGCUCAAGCACAGUACAACGCGAACGAUAAGCGGAGGUUUUAUGCAACUGUCAACGGUGUAAGAAAGAAAGCGACGCCUUCCCCUGUUAUGUGCAACGACAGGGAAGGUAACCUGUUGACAGAUAAGACGGCGGUAGCGGCCAGGUGGAAGGAGCACUUUCAACAGCUGUUGAACGAGAACUGCUCAGCUGUGGACCCGCCUACGUUGGAGGACGUGGAAAAAGCCGUAAAGGAGCUCAAGAACGCGAAAUCCGCGGGAAAGGAUGGACUUUCGGCCGAACUUUUCAAGCACGGGAGCGCGCGGAUGAUCGAGAUUCUGCACCAAAUCGUCCAGCGAAUUUGGUGUGAAGAACAGCUUCCGACCGACUGGUUAGACGGGCUCAUCACCCCAAUCUACAAGAAAGGUCAAAGACUCGAUUGUCCCAACUAUCGAGGCAUCACAAUCCUCAACUCAGCGUACAAAGUACUAUCCCGAAUCCUGUGGAGCAAGCUGAGACCGUUGACCGAGACCUUUGUCGGCGAAUACCAGUGCGGUUUUCGAGCGGGUCGGUCAACGACGGACCAGAUGUUCACUCUGCGACAAAUCCUCGACAAGUUCCGGGAGUACAACCUGCAAACACACCAUUUGUUCAUCGACUUCAAAGCGGCGUACGAUUCAGUCAAAACUUUGGAAAAUUAUGCUAGAACACGACUGAUUCGUGCAACGCUCGAUGGAGCAAAAUUAAGCGUGCGAAUAGCUAACGAGACAUCUGAAGCUUUCGUUACGUUGGAUGGAUUGAAGCAGGGCGAUGCUCUCUCGAACCUACUGUUCAUCAUAGCGUUGGAAGGUGCUGCUCGAAGGCGUGCAUAG